AUGGAACCACUCUCUACGGAGCCGAAUUGCAUUCCACCGUCCCCGGUGAGCCCUUUCGGCGUCGGAAACAUCACGAGCCCGGACAGCUACUAUGGUCGAUCCCGCCAUUUCUCGUCUCACGCAUCGGAGCGCAUCCACACCCGUGAUCCCGCCGCAGAUUACGCCUCCCCGUAUCCUUUUCAACUCUCUACGCCUCCCUACCACUUCUCCGACCAAUUAUCAUCGACCAAUAACGACGGAAAAUACUACGCCGGGCUUCCUUCCGCCGUCCCAUCCGCGCAUCAGCAACGUGCCUUUCCUCCUCAGCACCCCUCCCGCGCCCCCGCAGAUUAUUCUUGGGGUCCUGUUGCUAAUCUUCUUCCUCCUGCCUCUCCUCCACCCUUUUCGCUGGAUUCGGGUGACUGCGAUUACCCCAAUCAUCGCGCACCCCGUCAGCUUCACGACCAGUCGUCUGAGGCGACGCUAUUGCAGCAAGCCCUGCAGCGUUCCCAGCAGCAGCAGCAACGACAGCAGCAGCAACAGCAGCAGCAACAGCAACAGCAACAGCAACAGCAGCAACAGCAGCAACAGCAGCAGCGCUUCACUACCUCCGGCUACACCCAUCAAGGCACCAGCCAUUUCCAUCCCUCACCACAGGCAUCAACCACACCACCGUUAUCAACUCCGCCAAUCUCCCCUCUUUCCACAGCCCUUCUCCCGCCCGCUUCCGCCCCUCCGCGCCUGGUGCGCGCACGCUCCCCCGCCCCCCGCCCUUCCGACUCCUCCGCCUCCCCGUUGGCGCGGCCCGUUCCGCUCAACUCCCGCGUGUGGCUGGCAAUCGAGCUGCUCUGCAUCCUGGCGCAAAUUUCCGCGGGCGUGUGCGUGCUCGCGCUUUUCCCCCACGAGAAGCCCCCCGUACCGCUGCGCCUGUGGAUACUCGGUUACACGCUCGGCUGCCUCUUGCUCCUCCCGCUUCUGUACUUUCGCUACACUCACCGCGCCCUCAGCAACGGCGGGGACUUUUUACUGUGGCAGCAGCAGCAGGAGGAGGAGGAGGAGCGGCGGCGGCGCCAGUGGCGGCUGCGCGAAACGCCGUCGCGGCCUGCAAUGGCGUCGUCACGGCCCAUGUCGCCUCUCAGACUCCCACGUGCCGCCCCUGCCGUCAUAUCAGCGGUCGACAUCUCCUCCUCCUUACACUCGUCCAUCUCCUCCUCUUCCUUCUCGUCCUUACGGCCCCGCUCGCCGGGAGGACCGGCGUUUGCGGCGGCGCAAACGGCGCCCAACACCCCGUACCUAGGCGCAAGGGUGAGCGGAGGUGGAGGGGAGGCGGCGGGCGGAUGGGCAACCCCUUUUGGGGACAGCGUUAUUGGAAGUGCCGAAUCGACAUCGUACGCCCAACACCCCGCACCUGAGGCGGCCCGUGGUUUUUAUCCCGAGAGGAGCACCGGAAUCGCGGGAGGAGAUGGAGGAGGUGGGUGGCCUGCAGCCAGCGGUGUAGACAUGUACAGUGCAAUAUACUAUAAUGGUUAUGAUGAUGACGAUGACGAGGAUGAAGUGUACGGUGCGGGGCGUUACAGCGGGUUUCGGCACAUUGUGGCGGCGAUCGGGGAGAGGAUGCUGUCGUGUGUGCGCUGGAUCGUCGACGAGCUGCAAGACGACGCUCGCGUGCUGGCUAUAGUGGAGCGUUACAAAGUAACAGUCGACUGCUUCUUCGCAGUGUGGUUCGUGCUGGGCAACGUGUGGGUGUUCGGCGCUCACUCUGCCCCUACCACAGCGCCCAAUCUCUACAAUUUGAGCGUGCUGUUCAUCACGCUAAGCUGUGUGAGCUACGCACUGCCGUUCCUCCUCUGCGCUGCCAUCUGCUGCUGUCUGCCCUGCCUGCUGCACCUCCUCGGCCACCCCCACCACGACGACGACCACGGCGCGUUCCCCCUCGCGCGCAGCAGGAGAGGCGCCACCGCCACCGCCAUCACGUCCCUCCCCUCGUUCAAGUUCCGGAGACUGCCGGACGGGAAGGGCGGGCGGUUGCUCUGCUGCAUCUGCCUGGGUCGCUAUCGGGACGGGGUGGACCUUCGAGAGCUGCCCUGCAGCCACCACUUCCACCUAUCCUGCGUUGACACGUGGCUCAAGAUCAACUCCUCCUGCCCGCUCUGCAAGGAGGACAUCGCAAGCCGCCCGAGACUCGAGGAUGAUGGUGAGAAGUGA